CUGGCGGGCAGCUGGGGACCUGGCGGCUGGAGGUGGGAGGGAGGAGGGGAAAGACGCCCAGGCUGUGGGAGGGGGCUGGGAAGAGAGCAGGAAGCCAGGCCGCGCAGGCCGGGCAGGCUGCGGGGCCCCUCGCUAGAAAGGCAAACAGGAAGGACUGCCCCCUGAGCUCCGGGCUCUGGCUAGGGAAUCGCCGCCGCCGCCGAGCUGUAGCUGCGGGCCCAAGGGUAAGCAGGCAAGCAGGCGGGGGCGGCCGGGGCAGAGUUGGGAGGGUCCCCGCUCCCGGGGCCCCUCCAGUGCUGCCUUCGGCCUCCCGGCCUCGGGGCGUCCUCCGCCCGCUCCUCCUCCCUCGCCGCCGCCACUGCGGACAGCUUGCAACCGCCACGAUGAAGGCGGGCUCGGGAGAUCAGGGGAGCCCUCCAUGCUUCCUGCGCUUCCCGCGGCCCGUGCGGGUGGUAAGCGGCGCCGAGGCCGAACUCAAGUGCGUGGUCCUGGGAGAGCCGCCCCCCACUGUGGUCUGGGAGAAAAGCGGCCAGCAGCUAGUGGCCUCGGAGCGCCUGAGCUUCCCGGUGGACGGCGCCGAGCACGGCCUGCUGCUGAGCAGCGCGCUCCCCACCGACGCGGGGGUCUACGUGUGCCGCGCCCGCAAUGCGGCCGGCGAGGCCUACGCCGCGGCCGCCGUUACCGUGCUGGAACCGCCGGCCCCCGAGCCAGAGCCCCCGGUGGCCGAGCACCCGCUGCCGCCGCCCGGGACCGGGGAGGGCGCCCCUGUGUUCCUGACGGGGCCCCGAUCGCAGUGGGUGCUGAGGGGGGCGGAGGUAGUGCUAACGUGCCAGGUGGGGGGCCUCCCCGAGCCCACGCUGUACUGGGAGAAGGACGGGAUGGCCCUGGACGAAGUGUGGGACAGCAGCCACUUCGCGCUGGAGCGGGGCUGCGCCGAGGGGGCCCCGGGCGCCAGCCUGGCGCUGCGCAUCCUGGCGGCGCGGCUGCCCGACUCGGGCGUCUACGUGUGCCACGCCCGCAACGCGCACGGCCACGCGCAGGCCGGCGCGCUGCUCCAGGUGCACCAGCCACCAGAGAGCCCGCCCGAGGACCCCGACGAGGCGCCCGCGCCCGUGGUAGAGCCGCUCAAGUGCGCGCCCAAGACCUUCUGGGUUAACGAAGGCAAACACGCCAAGUUCCGAUGCUACGUGAUGGGCAAGCCCGAGCCCGAGAUCGAAUGGCACUGGGAGGGCCGCCCGCUGCUCCCUGACCGCCGGCGCCUCAUGUACCGCGAUCGCGACGGUGGCUUUGUGCUCAAGGUGCUCUACUGCCAGGCCAAGGACCGCGGCCUCUACGUGUGCGCGGCGCGUAACUCGGCGGGCCAGACGCUCAGCGCGGUGCAGCUGCACGUCAAAGAGCCCCGCCUCCGCUUCACGAGGCCCCUGCAAGACGUGGAGGGCCGGGAACAUGGCAUCGUUGUGCUGGAGUGUAAAGUGCCCAAUUCCCGCAUGCCCACGGCCUGGUUCCGGGAGGACCAGCGGCUGCUGCCCUGCCGCAAGUAUGAACAAAUUGAGGAGGGCGCCGUUCGGCGCCUCAUCAUCCACAGGCUGAAGGCGGACGAUGACGGCGUGUACCUGUGCGAGAUGCGAGGCCGUGUGCGCACUGUAGCCAACGUCACGGUCAAAGGCCCCAUUCUCAAACGGUUGCCCCGGAAGCUCGACGUCCUGGAGGGCGAGAACGCCGUGCUGCUGGUGGAGACGAGAGAGGCCGCGGUAGAGGGGCGCUGGAGCCGCGAUGGGGAGGAGCUACCAGCCACCUGCCAGAGCAGCUGUGGCCACAUGCACGCCCUGGUCCUUCCCGGGGUCACCCGGGAGGAUGCUGGUGAAGUCACCUUUAGUCUGGGCAACUCCCGCACCACCACUCUGCUCAGAGUCAAAUGCGUCAAGCACAGCCCUCCAGGACCCCCUGUCUUGGCUGAAAUGUUCAAGGGCCACAAGAACACGGUCCUGCUGACCUGGAAACCUCCCGAGCCAGUCCCAGAGACCCCCUUUAUCUACCGGCUGGAGAGGCAGGAGGUGGGCUCCGAAGACUGGAUCCAGUGCUUCAGCAUCGAGAAGGCUGGAGCCGUGGAGGUGCCAGGGGAUUGCGUGCCCUCAGAGGGUGACUACCGCUUUCGGGUCUGCACAGUCAGCGAGCACGGCCGCAGUCCCCAUGUUGUGUUCCACGGUUCUGCUCACCUCGUGCCCACAGCUCGCCUGGUGGCAGGUCUGGAGGAUGUGCAGGUAUAUGAUGGAGAAGAUGCCGUCUUCUCCUUGGACCUCUCCACCAUCAUCCAGGGCACCUGGUUCCUGAAUGGGGAAGAGCUCAAGGCGGACGAGCCCGAGGGCCAGGUGGAGCCUGGUUCCCUGUGUUACCGAAUAGAGCAGAAGGGCCUGCAGCACAGGCUCAUCCUGCGAGCCGUCACACACCAGGACAGUGGUGCCCUGGUCGGUUUUAGCUGCCCGGGUGUGCAGGACUCUGCCGCCCUCACCAUCCAAGAGAGCCCCGUGCACAUCCUGAGCCCCCGGGAGAAGGUAUCAUUGACCUUCACGACCUCGGAGCGGGUGGUGCUGACCUGUGAGCUCUCCAGGGCCGACUUCCCAGCAACCUGGUACAAGGAGGGGCAGAAGGUGGAGGAGAGUGAGGCGCUGCUGGUUAAGCUGGAUGGGCGCAAACACCGCCUGAUCCUGCCUGAGGCCAGAGUCCAGGACAGCGGCGAGUUCGAGUGCAGAACGGAAGGGGUCUCGGCCUUCUUCAGCAUCACUGUGCAAGACCCCCCAGUGCACUUCGUGGAACCCCGGGAGCAUGUGUUCGUCCAUGCCAUAACCUCCGAGUGUGUCGUGUUGAGCUGUGAGGUGGACCAGGAAGAGGCCCCGGUGCGCUGGUACAAGGACGGGCAGGAGGUGGAAGAGAGUGACUUUGUACUGCUAGAGGUCGAUGGUCCCCAUCGCCGCCUGGUGCUGCCUGCCGCCCAGCCCCCAGACGGGGGCGAGUUCCAGUGUGUCGCUGGAGAGGAGCGGGUCUACUUCACAGUCACCAUCACAGAUGUUGCCUCGUGGAUUGUGUACCCCAGCGGCAAGGUGUAUGUGGCAGCCGUGCGCCUGGAGCGUGUGGUACUGACCUGUGAGCUGUGCCGGCCCUGGGCUGAGGUGCGCUGGACCAAGGAUGGCGAGGAGGUGGUGGAGAGCCCAGCGCUGCUCCUGCAGAAGGAGGACACGGUGCGCCGCCUGGUGCUGCCCUCUGUCCAGCUCGAGGACUCUGGCGAGUACCGCUGUGAGAUCGAAGACGAGGCAGCCUCCUUCACGGUCACCGUCACAGAGCCGCCCGUGCGAAUCCUACACCCCCGGGACGAGGUGGCCUUGAUCGCCGUGAGCUUGGAGUGUGUGGUGCUCAUGUGUGAGCUGUCACAGGAGGAUGCCCCUGUGCGCUGGUACAAGGAUGGCCUGGAGGUGGAGGAGAGCGAGGCACUGGUGCUGGAGAGCGAUGGGCCCCACCGCCGCCUGGUGUUGCCUGCCGCCCAGCCAGAGGACGGGGGCGAGUUCGUGUGUGAUGCGGGCGAUGACUCAGCCUUCUUCACCGUUACUGUCACAGCCCCACCAGAGAGAAUUGUGCACCCCGUAGCCCGCUCCCUGGAUCUGCAGUUUGGGGCUCCAGGCCGUGUGGAGCUGCGCUGUGAGGUGGCCCCAGCUGGAUCCCAGGUGCGCUGGUACAAGGAUGGACUGGAGGUUGAGGCGUCGGACUCCCUGCAAAUGGGCGCUGAGGGGCCCAUCCGCACCCUGACCAUGUACAAUGCCCAGCCUGAGGAUGCUGGCGAGUAUGUGUGUGAGACCCGGGAUGAAGCCGUUAUCUUCAAUGUCAGCCUGGCUGAGCCCCCAGUGCAGUUCCUUGCCCCAGAGGCAGCCCCUGGCCCACUGCGUGUGGUUCCUGGGGAGCCAGUGGUGCUGAGCUGUGAGCUCUCCCGGGCUGGUGCACCUGUGUCCUGGAGCCACAAUGGGAAGCUGGUGCAGGAGGGUGAGGGCCUAGAGCUGCAAGCCGAGGGUCCCCGCCGUGCCCUCUGCAUCCGCGCUGCAACCCUAGCCCAUGCAGGCCUCUACACCUGCCAGUGUGGGACACAGCCAGGAGCCCCCAGCCUCAGCUUCACUGUCCAGGUAACAGAGCCCCCCAUACGGGUGGUAGCCCCCGAGGCAGCCCAGACGAGGGUUCGAAGCAGCCCAGGUGGGGACCUAGAGCUGGUGGUGCACCUCUCCAGGCCUGGGGGCCCUGUGCGCUGGUACAAGGACGGGGAGCGCCUGGCGAGCCAGGGACGCCUGCAGCUGCAGCAGGCCGGGGCCAGGCAGGUGCUGCGGGUGCGGGGGGCACGGAGCGGGGACGCUGGGGAGUACCUGUGCGACGCACCCCAGGACAGCCGCAUCUUCCUCGUCCGUGUGGAAGAUCCACCACCUGUGAAGCUGCUGUCUGAGCUGACGCCACUCACUGUCCAUGAAGGUGACGAUGCCACAUUCCGCUGUGAAGUGUCCCCACCAGAGGCCAAUGUCACCUGGCUACACAACGGAACCCCUGUCACUCCGGGGCCGCAGCUGCAGGUGGCCCAGAACGGUUCAAGCCACAUGCUGACUGUGCGAGGCUGCCGGCUCGAGGACGCGGGGACUGUGACGGCACGUGCAGGGGGCACAGCCACAAGCGCCCGGCUCCACGUCCGAGAGACAGAGCUGCUCUUCCUGCGGCGGCUGCAGGACGUGCGGGCAGAGGAAGGCCAAGAUGUGUGCCUGGAGGUGGAGACAGGCCGAGUGGGUGCGGCAGGGGCCGUGCGCUGGUUGCGAGGCGGCGAACCCCUACCACUCAACCCUCGCCUUUCCAUGGCCCAGGAUGGCCACAUCCACCGCCUCUUCAUCCAUGGCGUCGUGCUGGCUGACCAGGGCACCUAUGGCUGUGAGAGCCACCAUGAUCGCACCCUGGCCAGGCUCAGCGUGAGGCCAAAGCAGCUGAGGGCCCUGAGGCCCCUGCAGGACGUGACCGUCAGCGAGGGGGACAGUGCCACCUUCCAGCUGGAGCUGUCCCAGGAGGGUGUGACAGGGGAGUGGGCCCGCGGCGGAGUCCGCCUGCAGCCAGGGCCUAAGUGCCACAUCCACACCGAAGGCCACACGCACCGUCUUGUGCUCAGUGGUCUGGGCGUGGCAGACUCAGGCUGUGUCUCCUUCACGGCGGAUGCCCUGCGCUGUGCCGCCAGGCUGACUGUGAGAGAGAUCCCAGUGACCUUUGUGCGGGGGCCACAGGACCUAGAGGUAACGGACGGUGACACAGCUACGUUGGAGUGUGAGCUCUCCCAGGCCUUGGCUGAUGUGACUUGGGAGAAGGACGGGCGCGUGCUCUCCGCCAGCCCGAGACUCCGGUUCCAGGCUCUGGGCCCGCGCCGCCUUCUACAGCUGCGGCACUGCAGCCCCUCGGACGCUGGCACCUACAGCUGCGUGGUGGGGACGGCUCGCACCGGGCCCGCACACCUGACCGUGCGCGAGCGUCAGGUGUCGGUGCUUUCCGAGCUCCAGGCGGUGCGUGCCCGCGAAGGUGAUGGCGCCACAUUUGAGUGCACAGUAUCGGAGACCGAGACUGCGGGGAGCUGGGAGCUGGGUGGCCGUCCGCUGAAGCCCGGAGACCGCGUCCGCAUCCGACAGGAAGGCAAGAAACACAUUCUGGUUCUGAGCCAACUGCGCACGGAGGAUGCAGGCGAAGUCCGUUUCCAGGCGGGACCCGCCCAGUCCUUGACUCAGCUGGAGGUGGAGGCUUUGCCUCUUCAGAUGUGCCGCCGGCCGCCGCGCGAGAAGACGGUUCUGGUGGGCCGCCGGGCGGUGCUGGAGGUGACUGUGUCUCGCAGCGGAGCCCACGUGUGCUGGUUGCGGGAGGGAGCUGAGCUGUGCCCGGGGGACAAGUAUGAGAUGCGCAGCCACGGUUCCAUCCACGGCCUGGUCAUCCACAACGUACAACCCGAGGACCAGGGCACCUAUUGCUGCCAGGCUGGCCAGGAAAGCGCGCACACGCGACUGCUGGUGGAAGGGUAAUUAGGAGGACGGACACCAAGGCCGGGCAGGUGCCCUUGGACAACUUGCAAGCCGUGUGCUCUCCCUCGGGGACCCUCAGGGGCAGUGGGGUGGAGGGGCUACACAGGGAAAACAGAGGUAUGCAGUAAACAAUAAAGUGCUAUAGUUGCUUG